GUGUCUCCUGUUUUGCGGACUUGCGGUCUGCUAACUGCUUGAUUUGCUACGUGUCGCAUGGGAACGGGUUAGUGAAUUUAUGGCGAGCGGCUUUUAAAAAACUACCGGAGAACGGAGAAAAGUGUGUUUUGUGAGUCCACGGAGAGAAAAUGACGCCGAGUAAAUCCACGGGACAGACUCAGAAGAAAGUCAUGUUCCCCGACAAGAAGCCCUCGAAGCAAGUCAAGUCGUUCGGAACGAGCGCCGCUGGUCUUAGUUCCCUUAUCACCUUUACCAUUUUGCUCCUCGCCUGGAUAUCAGGAUUUGCCUCCCGACUUUUUGCAGUUAUUCGUUUCGAGAGCAUCAUCCAUGAAUUUGACCCCUGGUUUAAUUACCGUGCAACAGCGUAUAUGGUGCAGCAUGGCUUCUACAAUUUUCUCAACUGGUUUGAUGAGAGAGCUUGGUACCCGCUGGGCAGAAUCGUGGGUGGAACUGUCUACCCGGGUCUGAUGAUAACCUCAGGCUCAAUCCACUACAUCCUCCACUCUCUGAACAUUCCAAUCCACAUCCGGGACAUUUGUGUCUUCUUGGCACCAAUUUUCAGCGGCCUCACCGCCAUAUCAACCUACCUGCUCACCAAGGAACUCUGGAGCCAGGGUGCUGGACUUUUUGCCGCCUGCUUUAUCGCCAUCGUGCCUGGUUACAUCUCAAGGUCCGUCGCUGGCAGCUACGACAAUGAGGGAAUUGCCAUUUUUGCACUCCAGUUCACCUAUUAUCUCUGGGUCAAGUCGGUUAAAACUGGUUCGAUUUUCUGGGCCUCGAUGACUGCACUUUCCUACUUUUACAUGGUCUCCGCCUGGGGUGGAUAUGUCUUCAUCAUUAAUCUGAUACCUCUCCAUGUGUUCGCCCUUUUGAUUAUGAACAGAUAUAGCAGUCGACUCUUUACCAGCUACACGACCUUCUUCAUUCUGGGACUCCUCUUGAGCAUGCAGAUUCCCUUUGUUGGAUUCCAGCCGAUCAGAACUUCCGAGCAUAUGCCGGCACUCGGAGUUUUUGGACUGCUCAUCUUUGUCGCAACUUUGAGGUACCUUCGAACAGUUUUCACGAAAUCGGAAAUGAAGUACUUUGGAGGAAUCGUGAUUGCGACGACGGCUGUUUUUUUGUUAGUUCUGAUUGGAUUUACAUACGCUGGAGUGGUGGCACCCUGGAGCGGAAGAUUUUAUUCCCUCUGGGACACGGGCUACGCCAAAAUCCAUAUUCCUAUAAUCGCUUCCGUUUCUGAGCAUCAGCCCACCACUUGGUUCAGUUUCUUCUUCGAUCUUCACAUCCUUGUGACUACUUUCCCGGUCGGAUUGUGGUACUGCAUCAAACACAUCAAUGACGAACGCGUUUUCGUCGUCUUGUACGCAAUAAGUGCCGUCUACUUUGCUGGAGUAAUGGUCCGUCUAAUGCUGACUCUGACUCCAGUGGUGUGCAUGUUGGCCGGUGUUGCGUUCAGUGGAUUGUUGGACCUCUUCCUGAAGGAGGACGACAAAGAGGGCGAGGAGAGAGAGAGCAGCGAAGUGGAGAGCGAGGAGGAGAGGGAGACGAGUCCAGGUCGGGCACUUUACGACAAGGCGGGAAAGCUGCGCCGAAUGAAGCACGAGAGGCCGAAGGGCGGUGGCGAUGCGCUCGGUUCCAAUCUUCGAAAUGGAGUCCUCAUUCUGAUCCUCGUUCUUCUGAUGAUGUUCACGGUUCACUGCACCUGGAUUACCAGCAAUGCCUACUCGAGUCCCUCGAUUGUUCUCUCCUCCUACAGCAACGACGGCGGCCGAGCGAUUCUCGAUGACUUCAGGGAGGCCUACUUCUGGCUUGCUCAGAACACUCCCAGUGACGCGAGGGUCAUGAGCUGGUGGGACUAUGGAUAUCAGAUCGCUGGAAUGGCCAACAGAACGACUCUGGUGGACAACAACACCUGGAACAAUUCGCACAUUGCCCUCGUGGGCAAAGCGAUGAGUUCGAACGAGAGUGCCGCUUAUGAAAUAAUGACAUCCCUCGACGUGGACUACGUGCUUGUAAUUUUCGGUGGUAUGAUCGGUUAUUCUGGAGAUGAUAUCAACAAGUUCCUGUGGAUGGUGAGGAUUGCAGAGGGCGAGCAUCCUCAGGACAUUCGCGAGAGUGACUACUUUACCGAAAGAGGCGAGUUUCGAGUUGACGCCGAAGGAUCUCCGACUCUCCUCAAUUCUCUGAUGUACAAGCUCAGCUAUUAUCGAUUUGGCGAGGUCAAAAUUGACUACAGAUCCCCGUCUGGGUUCGAUCGAACUCGCAAUGCUGAAAUUGGAAACAAAAAUUUUCAGCUCACUUAUCUCGAAGAGGCCUACACAACGGAACACUGGCUCGUCAGAGUUUACAGGGUGAAGAAACCAAGUGAAUUCAACCGUCCUCGAAUUCCUCUCUCGGCACGAAUCAUAACUCGGCCGACCUCGUCCUAUAUUAGUAAAAAGACUUCUCGCCGCAAGAAGGGCUUCAUCAAGAAUCGACCCACGAUCGUCAAGGGCCAAAAGCCUCCCAAGAGAACAACCACCACGUAACACAGCGACUCGACAGAUUAAAAAAGAAAUUUCAUUUUUUUUUUUUGUUUUUUUUUUUACUUUUUUCUUUUUCUUUUUAAAAGAGAAGCGAACACGAGUAUCAUUGCCGGCCGUCCUCUUUGAGUCUGCGACUUAUUUCUCGCAGAAAAAAAUGGUACAGUUCGAGAAAUGGGAUCUUUUGAAAAUCAGAAACCCUGCUGGUCCCUACGACUGCAACUACAUUUUUUAUAUUCAAUCAAAUAAUCUUUUAUAUUUAAACAAAUAAUCGUUAUAUUUAAAAUGUCAUUUUUCUUUUCUUUUUUUUUUUUUUUUUU